UCAUUCUCUCUACAUUAAUCAUUAACAGUCACACACAAAUGACUGGUCUCUCUAAUUCUUUUGGUGGCCACGACAGUUCCUUCCUCAAGAUGCCCACCAUCAAGUUUACUAAGCUCUUUAUUAAUGGAGAUUUUGUUGAUUCAGCAUCAGGAAUGACAUUUGAGACAAUAGAUCCAAGAACCGGAGAGGCAGUUGCGAGAAUUAGCGAGGGAGCUAAAGAAGACAUUGAUGUUGCCGUUAAAGCGGCGCGUGAGGCGUUUGACUCAGGUCCAUGGCCCCGCUUGCCCGGCACUGAAAGAGGAAAAAUUAUGAUGAAAUGGGCAGACCUAAUUGAACAAAACAGGGAAGAACUAGCAGCGUUAGAUACUAUUGAUGCUGGCAAGUUGUACCAUUUUGCUAAGGAUGUGGAAGUUCCUACAGCAGCAAACACCCUUCGUUACUAUGCAGGUGCUGCUGAUAAAAUUCAUGGCGAUGUAUUAAAAAUGUCUGGGAAGUUCCAUGCCUAUACACUAUUGGAACCAAUUGGUGUUGUGGGACACAUAAUUCCCUGGAAUGCCGCCACCACCAUGUUCUUCACCAAGGUUAGCCCUUCCCUAGCUGCAGGGUGCACCAUGGUCCUUAAGCCUGCUGAACAAACACCUCUCUCUGCUUUGUUUUAUGCUCAUCUAGCUAAGCUGGCUGGAAUUCCAAAUGGAGUGCUCAAUGUAGUACCAGGAUUUGGCCCAACUGCUGGUGCUGCAAUAAGUUCACACAUGGACAUUGAUGCGGUCAGCUUUACUGGUUCAAUUGAAGUAGGUCGUGAAGUAAUGCAGGCUGCAGCUAAGAGUAAUUUAAAAUCGGUUUCACUUGAAUUAGGAGGCAAAUCACCUCUCAUUAUUUUUGAUGAUGCUGAUUUAGACAAAGCUGUUGAACUUGCUCUCAUAGGCAUCCUAUUUAACAAGGGAGAAGCUUGUGUUGCAAGUUCACGUGUGUUUGUUCAGGAAGGGAUCUAUAAUGAAUUUGAGAAGAAGUUGGUAAAGAAGGCAAAAGCUUGGGUCAUUGGGGAUCCUUUUGAUCCUAAAGUUCAGCAAGGGCCUCAGGCUGACAGGAACCAAUUCGAAAAAAUUCUUUCCUAUAUUGAACAUGGAAAGAGGGAAGGAGCCACCCUUUUGACUGGAGGUAAAACAGUGGGCAGCAAAGGCUACUACAUUGAACCUACAAUUUUCUCCAAUGUUAAGGAGGACAUGCUUAUAUCACAGGAUGAAAUAUUUGGCCCUGUAAUGGUACUGAUGAAGUUCAAGACCAUUGAGGAAGCAAUUAAGAGUGCUAACAAUACCAAAUAUGGCCUAGCAGCAGGCAUUGUAACCAAGAACUUGGAUACCUCAAACACCAUGUCAAGGUCUAUUCGUGCAGGCAUUAUUUGGAUCAACUGCUAUUUUGCCUUUGGGGAUGACGUCCCUUUUGGAGGGUAUAAAAUGAGUGGAUUUGGAAGAGAUUUAGGAUUGGAAGCACUGCACAAGUACUUACAAGUUAAAUCUGUUGUAACACCCAUUUACAACUCUCCUUGGCUUUGAAUGUCCUUCCAUAAGGGGGUUCUCUUUGUUAUAUAAAGACAACGCACGCAAUAUGUAAGUCAUGUUUUUGGGUGUAUUAUGUAUGUAUGUAUGUCUCUUUCUAUACAGCCAAUGUUACAUGUAGGUCUAUCUAAAAUCUUAAUACGUCAGAGCCUACUGUUGAAGUAACGUUGAUUGCA